AUUGACGGACGUGUUCAGCGUUAGCAUGUCGCGUUAAAUAUUUAAAGUUUUGGAACUCGUGAAAUAAAGUGCUUAGUUAAUUGUGUUUGUUUUUGAACGUGUGUUUAAGUUUUUAAUUAAUAUUAAAUGUAAGCGGUUUAUCAAUUUUUUCCUAAUUAGUGACAUGGUGAUUUGGAAAAGUUUACCUUGUGUGCGGGAAGGACAUGCGUCGGCUAAUAUUUUGACAGGUGUUUUAUUGAGGAUAAUAAUGUGAAUUGGAGAGAAAACAAUGCCGUCUUCUGACAAUCGACCGCAGGGUCGUGGCUGGCUGGAAACAAUGGUGGAGUUGCCGUCGGGCGUCGGGGACGAGCCACCAGAUGUAGUUCCACAAAUCGGUCUGUGCUGUGAGGUGGUUCGGGAGGGAGAUUGUGAGGCAGCGCCCGAUAGUGAGCGGCUUCCAGGCGACGGCGCCAGCUGCUCCGCUCCUGAUGACCAGCACCGCAUUAGUGAUGAAGACGGUUCUUCCAAUAGUCCACGCAACAGCAUCGACCCAUUUCGUACCGAGAGUGAUCCAGUGUCAUCUGAAUCCAUCCUGAGGACGGGACGUUACUACAAGGGAAUAUAUUGGCCCUCAAUAACGAAUAGCUUUAAGGAUGAGACGGUGGAGCUGUCAUACCAGCGGUACUCGAGACGUCAGCGUCAGAAGUCUCUGAUAAUGGUGAACGUUGUGGACCUCGCACUAAAGAUAUGCUUGUCGCUUAUUUAUACGCUCACCAAUAGGCAUGACAUCGAGUCAGUGGCGGACGGAUAUCAGAUUGCAUGGACCGUAGCUUUCGCGUGCCUCAACGUUGCAGUGUGCCUGCUCGGCUGCUGGCGCUGCUUCGCUAACAAUUAUCUACACUGGGCUGCCGCCGCCACAUGGAUACUCCUUAUCGCACAAGGCUUAAGCGGCCAAGGCAUCGGUUUCCAAGCGCCGGAGAACCAGGUGUGGUACAUGUUGUUCAUUAUCUUCGCGCCGUACGCCAUGCUACCGCUCUCGCUGGGAUGGUGCAUUGUCAUCGGUCUACUGUCCUCAGUGUCACACGUCCUCGCCACCGCAGUCGUUAUUAAAGACAUUAUGAACAACAGCGCUGAAGUCGCUCAAUCUUGCGCAAUACGGCUGCUAGUUGCGAACGCAUUGCUGUACAACGCGGUGAACUUUGCGGGUAUGUACGCCAAGUAUUUGACGGACUGGGGACAGCGCAAGGCGUUCCUUGAAACACACCGCUCCAUGGUCACCCGACAGAGGACGAAACGAGAGAGUGAUCGACAAUGGAAACUUUUUCAAAGCGUAAUACCUGACUUCUUAGCGAAGGAGAUCUACAGUCACGUGUCCAGGGUUAAGGGGGAAUUCCAAGAACAGCAGUUUAACAAUCUCUAUAUUCAGAGGCAUGAAAAUGUUUCAAUAUUGUUCGCUGAUAUAAAAGGCUUUACAGAACUUUCAAGUAAAUGUAAUGCACAAGAGUUAGUGAAGAUAUUGAACGAGCUAUUCGCGCGUUUUGAUAGAUUGGCCUCGGAGAACCACUGCCUCCGCAUCAAGUUGCUGGGCGACUGCUACUUCUGCGUGAGUGGGCUGCCGGAGCGGCGCUCCAACCAUGCCUACUGCUGCGUCAACAUGGGCCUGCACAUGAUACGUGUUAUACGCGACGUGCGGUACAACGCUCAGGUCGACCUGGACAUGCGUAUCGGAGUACACAGCGGCGCGGUGCUGUGCGGCGUGCUAGGCCUGCUCAAGUGGCAGUUUGACCUGUGGUCGCUCGACGUCACCAUCGCCAACCAUAUGGAAAGCGGCGGCUUGCCCGGGCGAGUGCACAUAUCGUCAGCGACAUUAGAGUGUCUCAACGGCACGUUUGAGGUGGAGGCCGGAGAAGGCGAAACCCGCGACCCGUGCCUACGCGAGCUCGGCCUCACCACUUACCUCAUCAAGUCCUCCGAGCAGCCGCGCAGGACCCGACAUCGCUCGAGACCCAACUGCAUACAAGCGGUGCCGCAAGCGCCGUGCGAUACGCCACGUCGCACCAGCAGCAGCAUCGACGACGAGAACACGACCGACUGGACGCCCGAGAUGCCAUUCCAGAGCUACUUCUCGAGUUCUUCAGCCAUAGUGACGCGUUUACCGUGUCUUAUCAAACGCGAGGACGCCGAGCAGGGGCAGGAUGUAGAAAUAACUUCAAUGUCAGAUGAGGAUGACAUAAUCAACCACUCAAUCGAGGUGAGCAGCAACCGGCGCAUGCGGCUGGACAACAUGCGUUCGUGGUCGCUGCGCUUUAGGCGCGCGUCGCUCGAGCAGCGCUUCGCCAGCCAGGAUGAGCGCACCUUCAAGUCUAACGUCAUGUGCUGCCUCGUGCUCUGGCUCUUCAUUCUCGCCGUACAAUACGUCAUACAUUUCAACUGCUGGAAGCUGGUGGCGAUACUAGGCGUAAUGACGGUGCCGCUAGCGCUGUCUUUCUGCCUGGUGAUGGCGGAGGAGUUUCCCGGCGUGGCACCGCGCGUGGCUCGCGUCUCCGCCGCGCUCGGCCGCUCGCGCCUGCGCCGCAACCUGCACAUCUGUGGUUUCGUCACCAUUAUGUCUAUUUCUAGCACAACAAAGCUAUACAUCUGUCCGUCGUCGUUUCGGAAUGCGACAAGUUCAUUGGAGAGGCCUAACGGUACAGACACGGAGCACGAGCGUGCUGGCGAAUGCUACCGGCCCGAGUAUAUCGUGUUCACGUGGAUCUUAUGUCUGGUCGCGCUCACCUCUAUCCUUAAGCUGUACUAUCUCAUCAAGACGCUUCUGGCCGUGCUCAACGUCGCCAUGUUCUCGGUGCUACUACUAUUAUAUUACAACGAGUACGAUUUCAACUCCUUAAACAAGAGCACACAGCUGCCGUUCUACGUGCAGAUGUUGAUCUUAAUGGUGAUGUUCCUGGUGAUGGUGGUGUACCACGCACGGUUGGUGGAAGUGACGUCGCGGCUGGACCUGCUGUGGCGGCUGCAGGCGCAGACCGACCUGGCGGAGAUGCGCGACACGCAGCGCACCAAUCGGCACCUGCUCAAGCACAUUCUGCCCGAUCACGUCGUCGCUCACUUCCUUGCCAAGGACCGAUGCCCGGAUGAGCUCUACUCGCAGUGGCGUGACGAGGUUGGCGUGAUGUUCGCGGGCAUCCCCAACUUCCACGAGUUUUAUUCCGAGCAGAAAGCCAUCGACUGCAUGCGCCUGCUCAACGAAAUCAUUUUUGACUUUGACAAACUGCUGAUGCAACCAAGAUUCAAGAGCAUAGAGAAAAUCAAAACUAUCGGUGCGACAUACAUGGCGGCUUCCGGUCUUAAUCCUAAUCACAAAAGCGGGCAGGACGAGUGCGAACACCUGUGCGCGCUAGUGGACUACGCGUUUGCGCUGCGCGAGGCGCUCGACGACAUCAACAAGCACAGCUUUAACAAGUUUCGUCUGCGUGUCGGUAUAAGCUGCGGGCCGCUGGUGGGUGGCGUGAUCGGCGCGCGCAAGCCGGUCUACGACAUUUGGGGCAACACCGUCAACGAGGCCUCGCGCAUGGAGAGCACAGGCGCCAUGGACUGCAUACAGGUCACCAAGUACACCAAGCAGGUGUUGGAGCGUCGCGGGUACGGGCUGGAGGCACGCGGGCUGGUGGAGGUGAAGGGCAAGGGGCGCAUGGAGACGUGGUGGGUGCGGCGACGUCGCGCGCGCGGCGCCGGCCCUCUGCCCGCGCCCGCGCCGCCGCGCUCCCUCGCCGCCCUCGUCUACACCAUGCUGCAGGCGCGCAAACGCAUCUACACGCAUCCGCUCGACACGCCCGCUAUAUCAAGUUCGCGCGCCGGCAGCGUCCGCGCCGAGCGUCGCGCGCCCAAGCGACAUACGCACACCAACGGUCAGAAAAUGGAAAUGGGAAUUCGUCCGCACGCGAGCAGCAUGGUGGUGCGCCGGCCCGACAUGGCGCCUCCGAUAAUGGGCAGCGCCUCGGCGCCGCACACUCCUACCGCACCUCACGCGCCGCAAGCGCCGCAACCUGCGGCCCCGGCGCCUCAUAUGAGCGAGCCACGACUGGGCAUCGGGGCGCGGCUGAAGGCGGCUAGCUUCUCGUACCGCACGCGACCUGCCCGCGAGCGCGACCGGUCGCCGCGUCUGCGCGACCAGACCGAGGGCUCGACGGGCUCCGUGGCCAACGGCACGCCCGGCUCAUUCCGCUUCCGCUCCGUCACCACGGCCUCCUUCUUCCGCAGCCGCAACAGAGACAAGAGGAACAAGGAGCAAGUCGACGAGGACGCCAAAGAGAACGGCGAUACACACGUCACUACGAGAAUGUAACUCUAAUGUGGGAAUUGUUUACAGUACUGACAGAGAACAAAGUUUUUACCAUUUUUCUAUAUUACUCUAUCCAUAAAUAUUAUUUUUAAUUGUA